AUGACCUCCAACGCAAAAUCCACAACCACCCCCGAGGGUGAGGUGAGCCAGCAGGAUGCGAAAUUUAUCGUGGAGUGUGUCAAGAACCUCGAUAGCAACAAGCAGGUUGACCUUGUUAAAGUUGGCGAGGCCCUGGGAUACACCAACGUGGUGUCCGUUGCCAACCGAUUCAGACUGCUGCGAAAGCGGCACGGCUUCCCCAACUUGGAGUGUACCAACGCCUCCGCCAAGGGCGACGACAAACUGUCUGCUGCUACGACCAAGGCGAAUGGCAAGGCCAGGGCUGCAACCGCGGCCAAUUCCGGGGAAACGUUCCCCGAGUCCACCGAGGACGGCGAGCCGGCUGCAUCUGUCAAACCCUCUGCAAAGAAGAAGGUGACUCGACGCAAGGGCGCGAAAGUGUCGUCGAAGCCUAUCCCCGCCAGUGCCUCCAAGUCCAAGGGACUCAAGACCGAGAAUUCCCAGAAUGCGACCCAGUCUCAGGAGAACGAAGGCAUCAAUUCCCAUUUGCUACAUGCCGUCGACCGCGUCAUGAAGGAAGAGGAGCAGGCCGACACCAAAAUCCGCAGCACUCGCAAGGUCUGA